UGAUCUUUACUCUCUAACCUCCAUACUACACUGCAACACUAUCGUCGAGGAGCUGUGAUCGCAAACACUCGAGCCAGACUAGCUCUCUCUCGGAGUCGGCAAUGGCUUCCACUUCUUCCCCGACUCUGUCCCAGGCCGUCUUGGCUCGACCCAUCUCCGGCAACGCCUCCAAUUCGUCCUCCUCCGACCGCGUCUCCCUCUCCCUCUCCCUCUCCGGCCUCAAGUUCUCUCCUCUCUCCUCCUCCUCCUCCCGGCGCGCCUCCGGCUCGGCCCACCGCCGCCGCCUCCCCGCCCCCGCCCCCACCCCCUCCUCCGCCGUCCGCCCCAUCAGGGCAGCCGCCGUAGAGACCCUCGGCACCGCCACCGAGGCCUCCCUCGUCGAGAAGUCGAUCAACACCAUCCGGUUCUUGGCCAUCGAUGCCGUCGAGAAGGCGAACUCCGGCCACCCGGGCCUGCCCAUGGGUUGCGCCCCCAUGGGUCACAUCCUGUACGACGAGGUCAUGAGGUACAACCCCAAGAACCCCUACUGGUUCAACCGCGACCGGUUCGUGUUGUCGGCUGGGCACGGUUGCAUGUUGCAGUACGCUCUGUUGCAUCUCGCUGGGUAUGACAGCGUCAAGGAGGAAGACUUGAAAAGCUUCCGGCAGUGGGGAAGCAGGACUCCUGGCCAUCCGGAGAACUUUGAGACACCCGGUGUCGAAGUUACAACAGGUCCACUUGGUCAAGGAAUUGCCAAUGCCGUUGGUUUGGCACUUAUAGAGAGGCAUUUGGCUGCUCGCUACAACAAACCGGAUAGUGAGAUAGUUGACCACUACACAUAUUGCAUUCUUGGAGAUGGUUGCCAGAUGGAGGGUGUUGCCAAUGAAGCUUGUUCACUUGCUGGGCACUUGGGACUUGGGAAGUUGAUUGCUUUUUACGACGACAACCACAUCUCCAUUGAUGGUGAUACGGAGAUUGCUUUCACCGAGAGUGUUGACACCCGUUUCGAGGGUCUUGGGUGGCACAUCAUAUGGGUGAAAAACGGAAACACUGGUUAUGACGAUAUACGUGCUGCUAUCAAGGAAGCGAAGGCUGUCAAGGAUAAGCCUACCUUAAUUAAGGUGACUACCACUAUUGGCUACGGUUCACCUAACAAGGCCAACUCAUACAGCGUGCACGGGAGUGCACUGGGUGCCAAGGAAGUCGAUGCAACAAGGAAGAACCUUGGUUGGCCAUACGAGCCUUUCCAUGUGCCCGAGGAUGUCAAAACGCACUGGAGCCGCCAUGUCCGUGCUGGUGCUGCUCUUGAAGCUGAAUGGAAUGCGAAGUUUGCUGAGUAUGAGAAGAAGUACAAGGAGGAAGCUGCAGAACUGAAGUCCAUUUUCAAGGGUGAACUGCCUGCUGGUUGGGAAAAAGCACUUCCGACAUAUACUCCUGAGAGUCCUGCUGAUGCCACCAGAAAUCUCUCUCAGCAAUGCCUGAAUGCCCUCGCUAAAGUGCUGCCCGGUUUUCUCGGUGGCAGUGCUGAUCUUGCUUCUUCCAACAUGACACUGCUUAAGAUGUUCGGUGAUUUCCAAAAGGACACCCCUGAGGAACGUAACGUCAGGUUUGGUGUUAGGGAGCACGGCAUGGGAGCUAUUUGCAACGGGAUUGCCCUACAUAGCCCUGGUCUCAUUCCUUACUGUGCCACGUUCUUUGUCUUCACUGACUACAUGAGGGGCGCAAUGAGGAUCUCUGCCCUUUCUGAAUCUGGAGUUAUCUAUGUGAUGACCCAUGAUUCAAUUGGUCUUGGAGAGGACGGGCCGACCCAUCAACCUAUUGAGCACUUGGCCAGCUUCCGUGCUAUGCCCAAUAUUCUUAUGCUUCGACCGGCAGAUGGGAAUGAAACUGCGGGUGCAUACAAGAUUGCCGUUGUCAACAGGAAGAGACCUUCUGUCCUUGCUCUCACCAGGCAAAAGCUGCCUCAGCUUCCCGGAACGUCCAUUGAAGGAGUCGAAAAGGGUGGCUACAUCAUUUCGGACAAUUCUUCUGGCAAUAAGCCUGAUGUCAUCUUGAUUGGAACUGGUUCCGAGUUGGAACUUGCUGCGAAAGCAGCAGAUGAACUGAGAAAGGAAGGGAAGGCCGUCAGGGUUGUAUCAUUCGUUUCAUGGGAGCUCUUUGAUGAGCAAUCUGCUGAGUAUAAAGAAAGCGUUUUGCCAGCUGCCGUGUCUGCUAGGGUUAGCAUCGAAGCUGGGUCAACCUUUGGAUGGGAGAAAAUCAUUGGAAGCGGAGGGAAGGCGAUUGGAAUAGACCGCUUCGGGGCCAGCGCUCCGGCAGGAAAAAUAUACAAGGAGUAUGGCAUCACUGCCGAGGCGGUCUUGGCGGCAGCUAAAGAACUUUGCUAGGUUCUGGUAAGUACGCAAUACUGUUUACUCGGGCGGCAUUUGGGUUCCGGCGCAGAGCUUCCCUGGAAAGCUCGUCGGAGAGAUUUGUAUUUAUUCAAUGUCUCUUGUGCUAUAAACAAAAAUUAUGACAGAAAAUUUUUCCCUUCC